AUGAUCAGCUAUGACACCUUCUUGGGACCUCAUGCACGCGUUCGUGAGGCGGAUUUAGCUUCCAAAGGGCUUCUUAUGCUCGCUAAGCAUCCCACACCGGUCUCCGAGCUUUUUUCGCCUUGUUUUGACGCUUCAGACAAGUUCUACGAGAGUCGUGACGAUGACAGUGACAGCUGUGACCUCUUUUACAAGAUUAAUGCAAUCGAAAAGGAUCAAGAGCAGGAGAUCAAGCAGAAAAAAAUGCCAUUGAGUCAUAACGUUGGCGACGCCCGCUCUGCUCUCGUGGUCAAACUGCUGCGAGUCGUCAAGGUAAAUGAGUUGAUGCUGACUCGAACCACCGACGAACAAAUCGCUGCGCUGCUAAUGACGCCAUCACAUAUGAAAUUCUGGCAUCUGUGGACCAGGAGGAGCGGCGUCGAAAGGUUGGUGGUGCACCAGCUGCAGCUGCAGCCUGUGGCUCCGACGCUGUUUAGUCCUGGACAAUUGAACUCGUUUCGAGUGUUGGAGCUUAUGGAUGUGCUGGAUUCGACGACUGGUGGAAUGGUGGAUGCAGCGUCCAAGGUUCGAGACCGCGUACUGAGAAAGAUCCCGCAGGUGCUGCCUCCUCCGGCUGUGACACUUGUGUGGCGUAGACUCGAUAAGGUUGGCGAUGCUGAUCUCAUCUUGCGCAAAACAUUGCAACGGAUAGGUGUUUGGGGUGGUGGGUCCCAGACGCCUAUCACUACACCUUACGCACCUCCAAGUGUCAAGACCAGCUCAGAUGAUGGAGCAGCUACCAGCAGUCAUGAAAGCGAGAUGAUAAACCAGGAUUUGUCCGAGUUGACGUCGUCAUCCCGUCGCGAGACUCCUGCGCCUUUAUCAUCAUGUAACUCUUCGUCGGUGUUUGUUCUGGACGAGGGGCAGUCUAGUGGUGUGUACGUCUUGUCUUAUGCUGAAGGCCUGUCGGUGGUCCCCGCACGCAUGCUCAAGUACAUGCGGUUGCUCAUGCACCAUGAAGUGUCAACAAAUGCCUUUACCGUGGUGGUUCGCUUUGAUCCGCGACCGUCGCACUGGGAGCUUAUGAAGCGUGGUAUGGUAUCACCUCAAUCACUACCAUCUAGUCCAACUCUCUAA